UUUGGCUCCACAGCUGUGUUGUUGAUCUGGCAAUUGUGCGCCUCGCGCGUAGUGACGUGAGCCAAGGACAACACUUACCUGCUGUGUCCCAGUACUGUACUCUCUCAGCUGCUGCUGCUGCUGUACCGCCACGUUUUCAAGAUGGUGUUAAAGAUAAGGAAGCUAUAAGCACUUAGUUGGGUGUCUCCGCAAGGUUACUUUUGCCAGUCACGAUGUCGUUCAACGGUAUCCUGCGACGAGCAUCAAGCUUCUUGGGUAUUUCAUACUCUGAUACUUCCAAGCCAGCCUAUGAAGAUGGAGAUAUUGUUUUCUGCAAGAACAAUGUUUGUGUCCACCCACCAUCACGUUACCGUGGAGAUGGGGAAAGGGUGCAUCAUCCCGGCUAUUUGGUUAUUAAGUGCCAAGCAGAUAUGACUUUUGGAACCACACUACACCUGAACUGGAUACCCAAUGAGCGCCUUCGUCGGAACCAUGAACUUGUAUCUCAAAUAAACACGGACGGAAGCAGCCGCAGUAAUUCUCCAUACCCAACAUCAGACUCUGAAUCAUUGUCUGUCUCGUCUUUGGUAUUACAUGAUAGCAGUGGAACAUUAAGAAAGACAUCAGUUGAUGAUGCUGCCACAAUGUCUACUUCUGGCAUCUCCACCUUGGAUACAGCCAGUGAGGUUACACAGUCCAAGGGAGAAGCUAGCCCCAAUAGUGAUGGAAGCAGUAGUGAUGCUCACCAGAAAUAUGUUGAAGAAGAAUGUGAAGAAGCAAAGGAAGAAACACAAGAGAUGGUUAAUGAAAUAAAGGAAGUGAUUGAUGAAGUAACUAAUGAUACAAAGGAAAGUAAUGAAAUUACAAGUGAGGGUAAUGAUGACCUAUGUAAUCAAAGUACACAGGAAUUACAGAAAGAGUGGCAGCUACCAGAAAGUGGACAGAAUGAGGCAAUUUCAGUUGAAGAAGAAGUUGCAGAAAUCACUGUUGUUAAAAUUGACAAAGAUAAGUUAAUUGAAGCUAAGAUAAAUACAGAAUCUGCUCCUCUUGAAUCUGUUGCUCAUGAAGAAACAGAAGAGGAUGUUGAUAAGGUUAUUGAAGGCAAAAAGUGCAGAUAUAUAUCCUCUUCGGACAGCAGCUCGGAUGGGGAUAAACUUGGAGAAAGUUUAACCAUCACAGAGACGAUACAAAGUUCAAGUUCUCUGGGACAACUCGCCAGUGAAAGAGAAGAUAGCUUGGAGUCAUCUCCUGAACCCCAGUUGUCUCCUCCACCUCACUUCUUCUCUUCAGGUAAUGGAGAACAAUACUGGUUUGAAAGAAGUGCAGAAUCUAUGGCCUAUUCUGCCAACUUAGCUUUCCCAGAUUCAUCUUUAUCCUCCUUCUGCCCAACUCCUGUUGAUGGAGGCUCUUCUCCUGUUAGAAGAGAACACAAGUGUGGUAUUUUCAGCAUUGAUGUCAGACAGAGCAAGUCUCUUCGACUUUUCUUCAGCGACCAAGAUCAUACAUGUGGCCAACUGGUAAUUGCAAGCCGGGAGAGCCAAUACAAGAUCUUUCACUUUCAUUAUGGAGGUCUAGACAAGCUGGCAGCGGUAUUUGAGGACUGGAACUUUUUAGUCAAACCCAGGGAUGAAGAGUGCUCAACACCAGAUGCAGCACUUAAGCAGUUUCUUGUCUGCAUGCCACACGUGAGUGAAUCCGAGCUUCAUCCAGAAGAAGGGCAAUACAAGUGCUUAGAUCCUGAUUCUUGGAUCACCUAUUUUAAUGAGGAAGGGCAAAUAGAAGAUGAUCUUGCACUUCGACAAGCUAUUUUCUUCGGUGGUGUGGAACCUGAACUAAGAGCUAAUGUGUGGCCCUUCCUUCUCCACUAUUAUGACUUUCGUACCUCAUUUGAGCAGCGCCAAGCUAUCAUGGAGGAAAAACAUCAGCUCUACUACAAAAUCAAUACAAUGAGAGAAAACAUGUCUGGUGAAGAAUUGGACUGGUUUAGGAGAAAUGUUCAAUGCACCGUGGAGAAAGAUGUAGUGCGUACAGACCGCUCCAACCCUUGCUUUGCUGGCAAUGAUAACCCAAACUUGGACAAGAUGAAGAGGAUUCUUUUAAACUUUGCUGUACACAAUCCAGUCAUGGGGUAUACACAAGGAAUGUCAGAUAUUCUGGCUCCAAUAUUGGCUGAAGUGCGUAAUGAAGCCGACGUAUUUUGGUGCUUCACUGGUCUUAUGAGUAAGACCAUCUUCGUCACAUCACCCAAGGAUGAAGACAUGGAAAAGAACUUGAGUUACUUGAGAGAGUUAUUACGGCUAAUGACGCCACGCUUCUUCAGUCACAUGACCAAACAACAAGAUGGGAUGGAUCUGCUCUUCUGUCAUCGUUGGAUACUCCUCUGCUUCAAGCGAGAAUUCACAGAGGAUCAGGCCCUGUCUAUGUGGGAGGCAUGCUGGAGCAACUAUCAGACAGAUUAUUUCCAUCUCUUCCUGGUGGUUGCCAUUGUUAGCAUGUAUGGAAAUGAUGUUGUGGACCAGAAUUUGCGACCAGACGAGACCUUGCUUUAUUUCACCUCAUUAGCCAAUCAUAUGGAUGGCCAGAUGGCACUGAAAAAAGCUCGAGGACUUCUACAUCAGUAUCGCAGUAUGAGCCACUUGCCUUGCACGCUGGUGGGACUCUGUGAGCUCUGUGGCCCAGGAAUGUGGGACUCUGGUCAUGUUCCAGUUGUGGCAUGUGUUGGGCAUCCAGAUGAUAAACCAUGCCCCCUUAACCAGUCAUCUACCACUGCAAAUAAUCCUUCCAGCACUGCUUCUUGACACACCACCAGGAAAGUUCUCCAUCAACUGGUUUUGUGCAAAUGAGAUAGAGGAUACUAAAACAUGAUUUAGUAUGAGUGGCAGAAACCAGUUUAUAAGAUAAGGGGAACGUUAAGCUUAUUUAACAAAAGAGGUAUUGGGACCGAACGAGAUUCACGAGGCAGAAUUUUAAAAAUUUAAUACAAAAUUAGGAACAUUGAUUCAUAAAUUAUGCAAAUGAAAUACUUGUCGUCGUUGAACACAACAUUAAUGUCGUUUAAUUUUGCUAUCAAGUUCAUUCAUACUGUCCUGAUGAGCACAAGUUAAAGUUAGAUAAUUAGAGCAUUGUAAAAACUUGGCUUGCAAUUAGCAUUUGAUACAUAAGUAAAAUAGGCUUUUAGAGAGUUUUAUAGAAAUCCAUAAUUGAGAGAGAGAAUGAUAAUACUGUAUGGUAUAAGGGAUAAUUUAUGUACUGAAUAUGAUAAAAUAGUGUUGAUUUUCAUGUUCUUUUUCCUUUAUGUUGUACAUAGAUAUGCUAACAGACUAAAUGGUCAUCAGACCAGUUAGUGUAAUAGUGUAUUGUGAAGAACUGAAAAUAAUUAAACCGGUGUUUUGGUAUGCAGUCGGCUGCUUUUGGAAAGUCAAGAUACUUGAAUUGUAUUGUGUGAGGUAAUGAUCAGUUUAGUAAAGUGUCGGUUACAGAGAUGGAUUUUGAGUUUUAACAAGAAUUACAUAAGCUGAUUUGGUUAAUGUAGUUAAUGUAAUAUUGUUGGAAAGAGCCUAUAUGAAUGUUAUGCAGUGCAAAAUUCCUGAAGAAUGGUAAGUAUUUUUUUUUUUUUUUAAAGAAUGGUGUAAUGACACUUUCCAAAACUGUUCCAAAAGGAAUAAAUAUCUUUUAGUACAGCAGUAUUCUGGCUGAAAAUAUGAUUUAUGAAACAAUAAACAUGCUGGAUACAGCACCUGAUACUAACUUAUAAUUGUGAUCAAAACAUAAUUUAUGGAACUAUGGUUAUAAGUGAAUUGGCGCUCAUUAAAUUAGUUAUGGAAAUUCCACUAAUGUUGAGCACUGUUUCGCUGAAACGUUUUUGUGUUGUGAUAUUUUUAUUGCAGUGUAGUAAAGCUUCUGAAAUUUUUCACAUAAUACCAAACAAUAAGUUAUAUUUUUAGUGGAUUUUUUUUAAGUAAAACUUAAAUUAAAGUUUUUAAUUUCUUAAUAAGGAUUUAUUUUUUGCAUUUGUAUUCAUGUUGAUGUCAACCAUAUCUUCUUUGAAUUACCAUUUUAUAAUACUUCCUUGGAUGAUGUACUAGUCUUAAGGUAACUUGCACUGGAUAUACAGUGUGUUCAUCUCGUCAUAGAUUUUCACUUUGAGCCUUGAAGCAGCUGCUGAACCCUAAUUCAUUUUGGCAAAAUUGCCGUAGAUUUUAUUCAUUCAAUUCUGCUUAAUCAGGGAGUGAAGCAUCAAUUAUCAUAAAGGUGGACAUGAUCUCGGCAUGUCAUAGGCAGACCUUUUAAAUUGUUGUGCCUGAAACUAUGCCUUUAAAAGGCAUCCUUUUAGCAAGGUGAUGGUAAAUUUACUGGAAAAUCCAAAAUACAGACAUGCUUACCUCAAUACUGCAAAUCUUUUACUUAUGGAUCAAAAUUGGGCACCUGUUCAUGCUAUUCCUUCUGUGUCAUUGCACUCGGUAAAGUAUCGUUAGGUGUCGAGGCCUUUUUGUGGAGUUAACCUUCAUUGUGUCUUGACUCAGGAUGUCUUUGCAGUGACAUGCUACUCUUAAACAUUGUACUGGGCAUCAUCUAUAGCAUAUUAUUAUAUUUUAACACACUUUCCAACAAGUUUUAAAUCUCUAGUUUGACAAGGGUAAAGAAAAUACUGUAUGCACUGUCUAUAAUGGCAUUGUUUGACACUGCUACUAUGGAAUAAGUGUGCAUUAUGACCAGUGUAAAUGGUGUUUUAACCAUUUCAUCUUUCUCUUGUAUACACUAGUGUGAUAAUACCACUGGGCCUAGUGGUGUUUGUUCUGUUGCUCAUGGAUAUCUAUCAUAGUAUAGUUAAGAAAAUUUACCUUAAAAAGACACUUUAAAAAGUUUCUUCUUAUUAGCAAGAAAUAAUAUUUAUCGACAUGGCCAACACUAAAAAGCAAUUCAUGUACUGGACAUUCAUCAACUUAGAUUAUGAACGCAAAAAUUUUAGAGGCUUUACUAUAUUGCUUUCUUGAUUGUGACAAUAAAACACAUUGUGUCUAUCACAGUAUAACUUUUUAAUUUUUGAUUUGUGUGAGUGGAGUUAAUUUUAUGGGAGCCUUGUGGCAGUGAGUGAAAAUUGUACUAGUCAUUUACUUUGGAAACUUCAUUUAAGGUUUCACGUAUUAUGUCUAAUCACCGUUUUAAAGUAAAAACUUUCUUUGAACAAUAUUUGGCCAAAACUUUUAUGAUGAUACAAGUUGGACCAAAAAAUGCUCAUUAUGUUUACUAAAAAGCUUUACACAUUUGUCAUAUCUCCUUUACAGUGGAUCAUAAGAAUAAUAUAAUUCUGUUAAGUACUGUACCAUAAUAUUUAGCGAAAGGUAAUGUGGAGCAAAAUUAUUGAACUCGUGCAGACAUCAGGAGAUGCGUGCAAGAGAUAGGAUGAGCAUUGUUAGUAUUCUCACUGUUGUAAGUUAUGUAAUUAGCUGUGUAAUUACAGGAUGAGAGCUAUGCUCGUGGUGUCCUGUCUUCCCAGUACUCUUUGUCGUAUAACACUUUGAAACUACUGACGGUUUUGGCUUCCACCACCACCUCGCUUAGCUUGUUCCAACUGUCUACCACUCUGUUUGCAAAAGAAAUCUUUCUUAUAUUUUUUCAGCACCUUUGUUUCCUGUGUGAGAAGUUUUAAUUUUCAACUUGACUGUGGAGAAAGAUUUGGAUUUACAGUAGUUUAAAGUAUUUGGGAGAGAUUUUGCACUUGAAAUUAAGAGUUCCAUUUUUAUCAUCCAUAGCCAAUAAAGUCCAUGCAGAGGGUGGUGAGGAUUCACCAUGGAGAUUGAAGAUCGAUUGAAGAUUGAUUGAAGAUUACAGUUGUCACAGGUACAAUACAGAUUUUAAGGUGUAUACUGUAGCCAGUAACUAAAGCAGAUUUAUGUAAUGGGCAAUAGCAGAAGAAAUCUUUCAAAAAUAUAGUAAGCAUACAUGUAUCUUAAAGUUACUUGAAACAAAACUAAAGAUAUAUAUAUAUAUAUACUGUAUAUCUAUCUGUCUCAUAUAAUUUAAAUAAAUGUACAGGUAUGUAAAGUUUGAAAAUGAAUAGUACUUGAGAUAAUCUUCUAUAUUAUGAUUAGCUGUGUAAUUGUAAGUCAAGGCUUGAGUGUGAUGAGUGAGAAGUUCAAACAGAAUGAGACAGAAAGGAAAGCUGUUAUAGAUGUAUGAAGAGAAACACUGGGGAAAAGAACAGAUGAGUAUUGUAUAUCCUUAGAGUGCUCCUGUACGUGAUGAUUGCUGUACUCUGGAGAGACUAGUUAGUAGAAGUAUGUCAAUCAUUACAAGAGCAUUGCUGUAAAAUUAUAUGGAAAUCAGAUUGGAAAAUUUUUAAAUUUUAGGAAAUUAAACUGUUACUUGGAGGAAUUUUAGUGAAUGCAAGGGAAAUGGAUACUUGAUAUAGUUGUUGAGUAUGAAAUUGUGAGGAAAUUAUUGAUGAUUAAAGAAAGUUACAAAAAGCAUAAAUAUUUUAUUCCAUUAUGGCUGUAUUUAUUGUCAUUAUGUAACAAAUUAGAUGCAGGAACAUUGUAUAUGGACAUGUAGCAGUACCUAUUGAAACAUGCCAAAUAUUGGAAUUUUGUUAUAUUUAAAUUCAAAAGUUCAAAAUACAGAUCAGGAAAUUAUCAAUGCUAAAUAUAGUAAAAGAAUGAUUAACACAAAUUGGAAUGAAGUCGUCUUUUAGUGCAUUAUUAGCUAGCAGGAAAAACAGUUGCUCGGAAGUUUCCCCAGAUGACAGAGUAAGGAAGGUGUUUACAUGAAUGAGAGUUUAGGGGGAAUAAGUAAACUUGAAAUGUACAGUGGACAGACUGCACAUGGCACAUAUUGAUUAAUUAAUUAGUGCAUCAUGUUGCAAUUAGAAAUAGGUAGUAGAGUAUGUAUGUCUUUAAUAAAAUUACAAAUGUAACAUUUGCAACACUUGCAUGAGCAAUAAUACCAAGACUGAGAUUUUGACAAUAUUGUGGACAGCUUUAUAUGGCAUGGUUAUUACAUUGAAAACAGUUGAAGCUUAGUUUCAUCUAUAAAUUGCUAUGUACACUUUUGCAAUCAAAUGAUUCCAUCUCAAAUGUUUUUAUUUUCUCAGUGUGUUUGACAUUACAUAUUAAUUUUAUUUUGUUCACAUAUACUUUAGAAAGGUUUUGUAAAUUUUCAACUAUGAAUCCAUUUUAUUAUGCAAGGCUCAAAAGUUGUAAUGGGUCUAGUUUGAAUUUAUUUGAAUACUAGAUAUAUACAUUUUAAAAUAUGCGCAUUUUUGUGAAGCUGUUUUUAUUAUAAACCUUAUUAAUGAUGUGCCAGGUACUUUUAUUAAUGUGUGAAUCGGAUAACUUGAAUUAUUUUAAGAAUUGUUUACAUUAUUUUUGGCUAAUACAGUAUAUUAUUUUAAUGAACUUACUGAGCCUUACAUAUAUACACUCUAGUACAUACAAUUUUUUAUUUAGUUUCAGCAUUUUGAAAUUAUUUAACUGUCAGCAUCAGUGAAAUAUUAGGAGCAUACUGUACAGUAAAUAAAUGAUCGUGAUAAUUUGUCCCUACUCCGAGACACUUAAAACUGGCACUGUUUGUCUUGUAGGAAUAAAAGUGAUCUUGUUUUAAGUUUUCUUCUAUUCAAACAAGGUUUGCUGUUUUAUCCUUGGCAUUUAUGCACUCACUGGAGCCAUGUAAGUCUAACCUCGGCUUAUGGUCUGUUUUUGGUGGUGGCAACUGCAAAGACAAGUUUUAUAAGUGAUUGUUCCAAAUGUAUUUAAAUUCUAGUCAUUAGCUUUUGGCAUUUUGUUUAUAAUAGUAACAUAAAUACACUCAGAAUCAGUGUUCAGACAAAAAGAAAGAUGGCUCGCAACACUUGUCUGGUUGUAUUAAAAGUACAAAACUCAUUAUCUAGCAUAUUGCAUUGUCUGCAGUGGUGUCUCGGUAUCCAUGAAGACUUGAUGCUCUCGUGAAGUGGGGAGCUGCUGCUCAGUAAAUAAGCUGCUGCUCCAGUUGUAUAACUAUUGUAUAAUAACUCAUCAUUGUAAUUUUCAUGGAAAGUAACAUAAAACAAAUUACUUAGUGCAGAGUAAUAAUAAAGUACAUGUAUGAUAGUAAAUACCAUAAAUUGUUUUGCAUUUUUAAAGUUUGAAUUUUUUUAUGUCGACAUCCUGUACAUAUAAGCUGUUUUACACUAGACAUUUUUUUUUUAAUUUUGUAUUCGGUCCUGAAAUGACAAUAUAACUUCUCGUUGUACAGAAAACAAAAUGUUAGUUAUUUUUUCUAAUUUAAUUCAUAUGAAGUAAAUAUUUCAUAUACAGUAUUUACAGUACUGUAUUUUAAUUUAUAUUGUAGUAAUUUAGCUAUUUACUAGAGGUAGAUUCUACACAAACAGUAGUGUUGUUUUUAAUGGGUAAUAUGUUGCACAAACAAGAAGACAGUGUUAUUUGUAUGUACAACACAUUCUUUUAUGAUACAGUGGAACCUCUAUAUUUGUCAGCCUUAUAUUCAUCAGAUUCGAUAUUCAUCAAAUUUUCCAUAUUAGUCGCCCACUGCCCAGUACAGGAUCAUCACGUGGUCGGUUAGCUCACCCAGUCAGCCUUGUGCACUCAUGAAGCUCGCAUCUCCUUCUAAUUUCUCUUGGAAAUUUGUGUUCUUUUUGCAAUUUUUUGCAGUUAUCUUUGUAAAAAUAAGUGACUAUGGCUCCAACAGUGUAUUGAAAAAAAAAAGCUGUGAGAAUUGCAAUAGAGUUGAAAAAGGACUUGUUACCAAGUUUGAACGUGAAAAAUUUAUUUCAAUAUUCGUCGGGUUUCAAUAUUCAUCAGGAAUGAAUUAAUGACAAAUAUAGAGGUUCCACUGUAUUCUGUGUUGAAAAUGUUAAAUUAUUUUUAAGUACAGUAAGAGUUAGACAUGGUAUAUAGCAUAAAAAGUAAACAAAAAUAUGAACAUGGCUGUUAGCAACAUUAGCAGAUUAAUAGUUUUGUCAUGAAGUGCUUCAGUCUUCCAAUUUAAGUGAAAUGAAAAUCGAUUGUUGCAUACAACUAAGAAUCACUUCACAGUUAUUAUAUACCAGUACUUCAUUUCAAUAGAAAAAAUGUAAUGUUGGAUGCCUUUCAAUAUUUGAACAAAAUAUGGAUACUGAACACAUGUCAUUAUUCAGACAAUGCAGCGAUUUAUAUAACCACCAAUUAUCUUAGCCAAAGAACAAUUUUUAACAUUGUAAUUGUAGCCAAAGAUCAAUGUAUUACUAAUGUCAUAUUUUGCAGUAAACUUGCUUUCAUAAAUGUGAUUUUGUAGGUCUAGGUUUAUGAUUGGUGGUAUAGACAGCAACUGAUGGAUAAGCACAACUGUGGGGCUUAUUUAUAAAUUUGUUAAAUUUUAUCAUUCAUCAGGGUACUUAGGUGAUGUUGAAAUGAUGAAUUGUGGUAGCAGUAGUUCAUCAAGGUGAAGGUGGUAAUGCUUCACAUUCAUAGCCCAUCAAUCCCAAGUAUCAAUCUAGAGCAAGGCAAGUAACGGAAUGUUACUUACUAUAGUACUGUAUGCAUAACCCUGGUCAUGUUUACCAUGUGAAGGCUCUAGACUUGGUUAACCCAAUUUGCUUGUCAGAAUGCCAACUCUUUGGUGCCAUGAAAAUAUCUUAAAGUGACCGAGAAAUUUGUUUAAUAGAUAUCUUCUUAAGUCAUUAAAAUGUUAUUUAUUUUUUAAUAUAAUAUUUUAAUCCUUAAAGAAUUGUUCCUUCGAGUUUAUAAAAUAAUACAAAAUUUGUUAUAUUUGAAUAAUUCUAAUAGAUAAUCAGCAUAUUGGUGCCCUUUGUAUUUGCAGCUUGUGAUAAAUUUGAUUGUCAGUUUUCUAUUAUGGUUUGAGAAUGUAAUUUAGAAUGCUUCUUAGCAAGUUGUUUGAUCUAGACACUAUUAGCCAAUAUGUUGUAUUAUGCUUAAGCUGUACAUAAUUAGAUACAUUAUUUUAAUAAAAUUACAUAGCCAUGCCAUUGUUACAUACAAAUGAUUAAUUUGGUAUUGGUGAUCUUAUGGUACAGUUCAACAUUCCACUUUCAUAUCAUUCCCCAGCAGUUUGUAUAAUGAUGCAGAUAUAUGACAGUACUGCAACUUUAGUACUUACUGUAUUGUGCUUUUUUAUAAUUAUAUGUUUUUCUUAAUUUCAUGUAUUUUGUCAUUUUUUCAACUAUUUCAAGUUUAGUACUAAUUUGUCAUAGAAAAAGUUUAACAAAUUAAAAUAAAAAGCAUUGUUAGAGAAAAGACAUGCACUGACUAAACGUUUUUGGUACACCUAAAUACCUUCAGUUACGGUAUUACACAAGUCUUUAUAAAGGUAGAGAUCUCACUUGGUUGAAUUUAAGUUAGUCAUUACUACUAUUGGAGUGCAACCAAUAUCAUUUAAGGUGCUUCAUAUUUUAUAUCAAUUUUGUUUCCUCACAUUAUUGUACUAUUUUUGUUAAUUUUGAGACUAUACAGCAUAAUAUAGUAACACACAAUUCAGUCUAAAGUGUAAGCUUAGAAAGCUUCAUAACUGAUAGAAAAUAUUUCAAAGAUUUCAAUUUACCAAUGGUUUUGAAUGUAGUUUUUAAAGUAUUUUUGGAACCUUUCACAAGGAAAGUUGUAUAUACAGUCUUUAUAAAAGUAGUGUUUUUCUUAAACCUAUGUUGAACUUGCAUUUCAACUGUAUAAAGAGGGUUUGGUUUCCAAAACUACGAGAAUAUCAAUCUACUAAACUACCGAAGAAAAUUAAUCCUAGCAAUAUUUAAAAGUACAGUACUCUUAAGAAUUUCAUCAGAAUUGUUGAAACUAUUAUUGGGUGCAAUUUAAGUUAUUAUUUGUGCAGUUGUAUUAUGCACUUCCUUACAUUUAUAAUACACUGUAUGUAGGCAUUGUUUAAAAUAGAAAAUACCCUACAUAUUGGAAUAGAUGAAAACAUGAUUUCUUGUGUGUUGUCUGGAAUGUUCUGAAGGUUCUGUUACUACAGUAUAUCAAUAAACUAAGAAUUACAUGGAAAAA